UUUUUUUUUAGUUUGUUUGUUGUUGUUGUUUUUUGUCGACUUGAACCUGUUUUUAGGUGUUGCGACCACCGAAGAACUUUAAUCAUUUUUGUAAUACAAUAAUUCAUUGACUACGAUGAGAGAACAUUAAUUUCACUGUGCUACAAUUUUGUUCUCUUCCUCCACAACUGUGCUCCAGUGACUUGCAAUAGGCAAUUUAAUAAUGUGCCUAAAUGGAAUUUAGUAAAGCAAGUAUCCCGAAUUAGUUGAUGAAUUUUCCAUCGAUCCAGAGCAGGACAUAUUUGUCUCUGCCAGUCUGAAGUUCUUGUCUGCAGACACCAGACAGACCCAUCCGCCAACUGCAGCUGCAAUCUGGGGAAUUUUUUUUUUAAUUUUCUUCUCCACUUUAAAGGAAACAUCAUCGUGGAAGAUUCUCUUAAUGUUUAUAAACAGUUGUAUUAUGGUGGAUGAUGAUGGACACAGCCAUAGAGGCGGAGUGAUCUACUGGGGUUCAGUUCACCUGGUAUAUUAAUACUCCAGCUUCAUUUAGAGGGGGUUGGUAUUUUAUUUAUUUAUUUAUUUUUUUUUGGACUGGGGCGAGAUAACCUGACUGCGCUAUGGAGCACGUUUCCUUAUCCGGGGAUGGUGGGAAGAAUCCUAUUGGUUCUUGGUGUCACAUGCAAACUCAACUUUGUUCACUUGACAGUAAGUAGGAGGGUUUUACGAAACAGGAAAACGAGCAGGACUACAGGAAUAAAUUGUAUAUGGGUUUUGGGUUAAAUUCAAACAAAUAAAUGACCAUGAGUUCGUUUUUGAUCAGCUCCAAAUACGUGGACCCCAAAUUUCCGCCGUGUGAGGAAUAUUCCCAUUCUGAUUACCUUCCCAGCCCCUCUCCUGAGUAUUACUGCAGCCAGAAGAGGGAGAGCAGCUUCCAGCAUGGGGCGACCUACCCCCGAUCAGCCUGCACCAGCCAGCACUACUCCUGCGGGGGCUCCGGACCACCAGCCCCUUCCAUCCUAUCUCCACCGACUCACCCACAAGUUGGACUUCUUCCUGAAGACAAGCACCAGAGCCAGACCACCAUCACUGGGUCCCCUCCAUCCUGCAGCCAAGUGUCCUCAGAGCAGAAGCCCCCAGAAUCCUCCUGCCAGAACCCAGUGGUGUACCCCUGGAUGAAGAAGGCGCACCUUUCUACUGUCAAUGCCUCUUAUUCUGGGGGAGAACUCAAGCGCUCCCGAACAGCCUAUACCAGGCAGCAGGUCCUGGAGCUGGAGAAGGAGUUUCACUACAAUCGCUAUUUGACCCGCAGGCGCAGGGUGGAAAUUGCGCAGGCGCUGCACCUCUCUGAGCGUCAGAUCAAGAUAUGGUUCCAAAACAGAAGGAUGAAAUGGAAAAAAGAUCAUAAGCUCCCAAAUACUAAAAUCAGAUCUAAUAACCCCUCCUCAAACCAGAGCCAGAAUGAGGGUUCACCGAUCUGUCCCUAAAAAAAAUAAAA